AGCCGGAAGUUCGAAUCGUUUUGUUCCGGUCGCGUGCACACACUGCAGCCACAGGUCUUUGCUAUUUGUUGACAGUAGCAUAGCUAGCCAGUCUGAACGGCUAUGUCAAUAUUUUGUUGACUUAGCCAGCUGAAGCGUUGCUGUGAAAAUGAGUUCUCCAGGGAAUCGACACGGGACAAAAAGACCUGGCUCUCCAAGUGAAGAUGGACCUACACCAUGGGAAGCUGCAGAUCUGGGGGACAGUGAGAGAAAGCAGAAGUUUUUGCGGUUGAUGGGUGCAGGGAAGAAAGAGCACACUGGACGCCUAGUCAUUGGAGAUCACAAGUCAACAUCCCAUGUCCGCAGUGGGGCGGAGGACAGGAGGAUGAACUCUGAGCUGGAGCUGCAGUACCAGCAGGGGCUGGACGGGAAGCUGUCAGGCAGAAACAGGAGACACGUCGGCCUGGGCUUCAGUGAGCCUGAACCAGCCCCGCCUUCCCCACCUGCAGAAAGCCAAAGCCAAAGCAAAGCAGAGCAACCAGCCAGUCCCAAAGCCUCAGACAGCCCUUCGGAAAACCAAGAGUCACCAGAGAAAUCCCCUUCACAGAGCCCAAACGGCAGGACAGAGCCCAGUGCAAAAGACAAGAGGGUAGAAGACAAGAAACACAAAAUGGCCUUUGUGAAGUCAUCCUAAGAAUGGGCAAAAAACGAAAUCACUUUUUCUAAUGUCGAACCACAGAUUUGUAAAUAUGUUCUUUUUGUCUCUGAAGUACUUUAACUUCAUGGUUUAAGAAUGUAUUUUUUUUUUAUGUUUCAAAGCUGAGCAGCAGCGUAGUGUACUACUGUAGGAGGUGACGUAAUCGUCGAUUGAGACAGAUUCUUCCCAUUAUUUUCUUGUCAACUUUUAGGAAUUCCUAACUGGAAGAGGGACUGGUCUGAUGUGUUUUUAAUGGAUCUGAGAUGAAGCAAAGGCUUUAAUGAAGUUGUAUUGAAUGAAACUGGGUUGAACCUAUUGGCUCUAGCUCUUUUACAGUCCUGUUCAAUGUGUCACCAUCAGUAAUAAAAGGUACUUAAUGACAAACUGAAGCACCACAGUUCUCUCAGGUUCUGAAUUCUGGGGGAGAAAAUAGUUAACUAUACUGAACGAAAAUGUAAAGUGUUGGUCCCAUGUUUCAUGAGGUGAAAAAGAUCCCAGAAAUGUUCCACAUGCACAAAAAGCUUAUUUCUCAACAUCCCUGUUAGUGAGCAUUUCUCCUUUUUCCAAAACAAUCCAUAUACCUGACAGGUGUGGCAUAUGAACAAGCAUGAUCAUUGCACAUUGUGCUCGGGACAAUAAAAGGCCACUCUAAAAUGUGCAGUUGCAAUUGGCAUGCUGACUGCAGGAAUGUCCACCAGAGCUGUUGCCAGAUAAUUGAAUGUUAAUUUCACUACCAUGUCUCCAAAGUCGUUUUAAAGAAUUUGGCCGUAUGUCCAACCGGCCUCACAACCACAUGUAACCAUGCCAGCCCAAGACCUCUGGCUUCUUCACCUGCGGGAUCGUCUGAUACCCGGACAGCUGAUGAAACUGAGUAUUUCUUUCUAAUAAUGCCCUUUUGUUGGGAAAAAAACUCAUUCUGAUAGGCCUGCCCAGUCAUAAAAUUCAUAGAUUGGGGCCUGAUUUCCUUAUAUGAACUCUAACUCAGUAAAAUUGUUGUGUUUCUAUUUUUGGCGAGUUCAUUUGACACAUGGAGAGUAUGUAACGUAAAUAGUGAGACACCAUGUUUUGUUAAAACCUUUAUUCCAAUAAAACACCAGUAUGGUUUCUUUCCUUUUUAAA